ACCGGCUAGUCCCCGCCACUAUGUUGAUAGAUUAUUUGACCUCGAUCCUCAGAAAGUCCUGCAAGGUGUCAUAGAUAUGAAAAAUGCUGUAAUUGGAAACAACAAACAAAAAGCCAACUUGAUUGUUUUGGGAGCAGUUCCAAGGUUGCUGUAUUUACUUCAGCAAGAAUCCUCCAGCACAGAACUGAGAACAGAAUGCGCAGUGGUCCUGGGAAGCCUUGCAAUGGGUACUGAGAAUAAUGUCAAAUCCCUUCUAGACUGCCAUAUUAUCCCAGCCUUAUUGCAAGGAUUACUUUCACCAGAUUUGAAGUUUAUUGAAGCUUGCCUGCGAUGUCUCCGUACCAUUUUCAUCAGUCCUGUAACUCCAGAGGAUCUACUAUACACAGAUGCUACAGUUAUCUCCCACCUCAUGGCACUGCUCAGUAGGUCUCGAUAUACACAAGAAUACAUAUGUCAGAUCUUCUCACAUUGCUGCAAAGGUCCAGAUCACCAGACAAUCUUAUUUAACCAUGGAGCUGUUCAGAAUAUCGCACAUCUGUUAGUCUCCACCUCCUAUAAAGUUCGAAUGCAAGCGUUGAAAUGCUUCUCAGUUCUAGCCUUUGAAAACCCACAGGUAUCAAUGACUCUCGUAAAUGUGUCGGUUGAUGGAGAAUUGUUACCGCAAAUUUUUGUGAAGAUGUUACAAAGGGACAAGCCCAUUGAAAUGCAGCUCACAUCAGCCAAAUGCCUUACUUCCAUGUGCAGAGCUGGAGCAAUACGGACUGACGAUUCUUGCAUCGUUCUUAAGACUCUGCCAUGUUUGGUUCGAAUGUGUAGUAAGGAAAGACUGCUGGAGGAGCGAGUAGAAGGAGCAGAAACACUAGCCUAUUUGAUUGAAACGGAUGUGGAGCUCCAGAGAAUUGCCAGCAUUACCGACCACCUCAUUGUCAUGCUUGCUGACUACUUCAAGUAUCCCAGCUCAGUGAGUGCAAUCACUGAUAUCAAGAGGCUUGACCAUGAUUUGAAGCACGCCCAUGAACUCCGCCAGGCUGCUUUCAAGCUCUAUGCUUCCCUGGGAGCAAAUGAUGAAGAUAUCCGAAAAAAGAUCAUCGAGACUGAAAAUAUGAUGGACCGUAUUGUUAAUGGCUUGUCUGAAUCCAGUAUCAAGGUGCGGUUAGCUGCAGUCAGGUGUUUGCACAGUUUGUCCCGUUCUGUACAGCAGCUCAGGACAAGUUUUCAGGAUCAUGCUGUAUGGAAACCUUUAAUGAAGGUUUUACAGAAUGCUCCAAAUGAAAUUCUUGUAGUAGCAUCUUCCACGCUAUGCAAUCUUCUUCUGGAAUUCUCUCCAAGCAAGGAGCCUAUUUUAGAAUCAGGAGCCAUAGAACUUCUAUGUAGUUUAACACAGAGUGAAAAUCUUGCCUUGCGAGUGAAUGGCAUUUGGGCUUUAAUGAACAUGGCAUUUCAAGCGGAACAGAAGAUCAAAUCAGACAUCUUACGAGGUCUGAGUACAGAGCAGUUAUUCCAGUUGCUUUCUGAUUCCGAUGUAAAUGUUCUGAUGAAAACGUUGGGUCUGCUCAGGAAUCUUCUGUCUACUCGACCACACAUAGACCAUAUAAUGAGCACUCAUGGGAAGCAAAUCAUGCAAGCGGUGACCCUCAUUCUGGAAGGGGAGCACAAUAUAGAAGUCAAAGAGCAGACAUUAUGUAUACUUGCCAAUAUAGCAGAUGGAACGACAGCAAAAGAAUUGAUUAUGACCAAUGAUGACAUUCUGCAGAAAAUCAAAUACUACAUGAGUCAUUCAAAUGCUAAACUUCAGCUUGCCGCCAUGUUCUGUAUAUCUAAUCUCAUAUGGAAUGAAGAAGAAGGUUCACAAGAACGCCAAGAUAAACUACGAGACAUAGGAAUAGUAGAUAUUUUACAUAAAUUGAGUCAGUCAUCGGAUCCAAAUCUGUGUGACAAGGCGAAGACAGCACUCCAGCAGUAUCUUGCAUGAUCAAAGACUAAUUGAAUCUAUGGACACCCCUCAUGUCUACUUAAGGAAUAGCAGGAGAUACUCCUGACUCCUUAUAUUUGCACAAGUCACCUUGGGCUGCAUUUUUCUCAGGUGCAGGGAGCUGCUUUGCAGAAACAGUUUAAAUGAUCAGGUCUCCAGUGCACUUGAGAAUUUUCUUGAGGUAGUUUCUUUACUCAGAGGACUCUUGGGGGGUUGUUUUGGCUUUUUGUUUGUUUUUUUGUGUUUGUUUUUUUUUUUUUCCUGAGCUACCUGGACUUUCGGAUAGAACAAUCAGUCAUCAUUUUCCUUUUGGGCCUACAAUUUUCUGCUUUUGCUGCAGCCUGCGUGUGUGGAUGUGUGCGGGUGUGCUCGAGUGUGUGCGCGUGCUCGGGUGAAUGCGUGUGGGUGUGAUACCUCAAUUUUGUUUUUCCUUUUUUUGUGUGAAAAUCUUUUUCUACAGGUUUUCAAGGGUUAACCAUUGUUUGCUGUACGAAUACUUCAAUGAAUUAUAUACAGUUUGAAUGAAAUGUUAUUUAAAAAAAAAACCAAACUGUUGUAUCCCAUAAAGUUUAUUUUGAAUUUUGAACAGAUGAAUGUUUUUAAGUAAAAUAUAUGCAUUUCUGAACUUCA